UUUCCAUCUCGCGUGGAAAGCGUCUCCAGAUCUCAACUGUCGAAAAAUCAUACAGGAGAUAGUGUCAGACCCGCGGAACAUAGCUCGUGAAUAGGCACAGAUUGCAGAAGGCUCUAGCAAACAACGACAACAACAUCAUCACCAGCUUGCUCAGCUUGACAGACAUCUUCUCCUCACCAGCGCCUGCCGCACUCACCCUCUAGCAUUCACGCUGGCAGGACCUCUGGAUCCACUGAUUUCCAAACGAACCGGCCGCACCCAUAUCAACCUGAGUAGUAGAAGAGGAAAGAGUAAACCGCAAUCAUGGCGAAAACCACGCUCGCACCUAGCGCUACUGCAGUCCGCGUCUUCGACGAGCCAAAGGCGGCCCUGAGCAUGCCCAUACGCAAAGACUCUGCCACCGACGAGCUCAUCGAGACCCUCUCCAAGGCCGUCGACAGCACCAUCGCGGCCGACAACAACGCCAACGCGCCUGUCACCGCGACUCCGAACGCUUCAGUCGAUGCCGCCGCUGCCAACACGCCCGUCGUCGGCCACGGGACCCAGGUCCACGACCAGGUCCGCAUCGUGCCGACAUCCGAGUACAAGGCGGCGGCGUUCGCGCUGGCCGAGGCCUUUGCCGACGACGACGUCUCGCGCUACUUUGUCGACACGCCGGACAGGGCGCACUGGUCCGCGGAGCAGAAGUGGGACCUCCACCUCGCCAUCAUGGAGUACAUGACGUACGCGCACUGUCUGAAGGGCCUAGUCACGACCAUCGGGCCCGACUACGACGGCGUCGCGCUGUGGAUGCCCCCUGGCAACAACGUCGACGACCUGCUCACCGUCCUCCGCAGCGGCAUGUGGCGGCUGCGCUACCGGCUCAGCGCCGAGGGCAAGAAGCGCUUCUUCGACGAGUUCCUGCCGCUGCUGCACGACACCAAGGCGGCCGUGCUGGGCGCCCGCGACGCCGCCUCCUGGUACCUCGUGUACAUUGGCACGCGGCCCGGCGCGCGGGGCAAGGGCUACUGCCGCCGCCUCAUCGAGCACAUCACCCGCGUCGCUGACGCCGAGCGCCGCGCUACCUACCUCGAGAGCUCCAAUGAGCGCAAUGUCCAGAUCUAUCGCCGCUUGGGCUUCGCUGAAGAGAAGCGCAUGUAUUUGCAGCGUGAGAGGCGCGUCGUUGCGCUUGAUGUUAUGGUCAGGGAGCCUGAGGUCAGAGAGUAGGUAGGGUUGGAGGAAGUGGUGGGUUGUGAAUGGGUGCUUUCAAUGCUUUUGCCAACUCGAUCCUGGGUUUGGUUUUACUUUCUUCGGGAGUGGCGGUAUUCAACAUACGCGCCUAUUGGUUUCCCCUUUUCCGACUUUUUCGGUAUAAGCCGACUCUCUUCACUCAUUCGGUUCUGUUAUUUGCUUAGGUAGCAUAUCGACCAAUUCAACACUUUGCACCUCAAUUGCAUCAA